AUGCACGCUCGAAUAAGUCUCGAUGACGUCGCGAAUAUCUUCGUUGUUUUGGCGCUGGUUUUGGCCGGCGUUUGCGCGGCGCCGCAGGGCAAACCGAACGACGUCACGAUCGUUAAGCAGGAAGAGGUGAACAACAUAGGUAUAGGUGGUUAUCGGUUCAGCUACGAGCAGAGCGACGGCCAGAAGAGGGAGGAAACGGCCGAACUUAAGAACGAGGGCACCGAGAACGAGGCGCUCAGCGUCGUCGGUAGCUUCAGUUUCAUCGCGCCGGACGGACACACGUACAGGGUCGAUUAUACCGCGGACGAGAACGGUUUCCAUCCCACUAUCAAUCUCGUUGCGAAGUAACCGGACUCGAGGACUGAAGUUACAUCAUCUUAGGGACUAUCCGGUCGUCGACGUACACACUCGUGCGAUUCGCACACGCAUUAGGAUAUAUAUAUAUAUAUAUGUAAUUAGGGAUUUAAUACACGCUGCGAGACGCGCGAUUCACACUAACACACACUACAAACACGAUGGGGAAGAGAUCGCCAUCGAUCACCCGCGUGAUCGAUCCUUUUUUUUUUUUUUUUGUUUUUCUGCGAAUUCGAAAUUUAUUCCACUGUCGCGAGAUGUUUCGCAGAGAAGAAAUUGUGAAACGCACGUGUCGUUUCUCCUCUGCACAAACAUUGGCAACCAGGGGAUUCAAUCCGUCGUUAUAAUUGUUUUCGCUCUUACAAAUCGUUUUUUUCUCUCUCUCUCUCUCUCUCUCAAAACUGAACGCGGAUUUUUUUGCGGACAGCAAUGCACGCUCGAAUAAGUCUCGAUGACGUCGCGAAUGUAAAAGUUUUGAGAGAAACAAGAUAAGAUGAUUGAUUUUCGCUCUUUCGAGAAACAUCGGCAUUUAUAUGUAUAAUUGCGAAAAACGCGGCAAUAAGCUACGAGUCUUCUGCGCGGGCGUGCAUUCGCGUGUUCCGCGAGAGUAAAACGCGCGUUUUUUUUUUUUUUUUUACUCGCAAUCGACAUAAUAAUAAUAAUACACAUUUAUUCAGUUUCUCAAAAAACUUAGCCGAGAGGAACACAGUUUGAACGAGAGACACGUCCCAGGGAUCCCGUUCGUUUGCGUUUUGUCUAUAUCCCAAGCGAGGCGACGACGCAGCACUCAUUGAAGCGCCGCGGAAUCUGCGUUUUUUUUUUUUUUUUUUUUAAUUCCACAUGCGCGCAACUCCCCUUCUUCACGCAUGUAACUAUAUACAAUAGAAAAAAAAAUGCAAUUUCGUACAAAUAAACUUCUAUACAUGAGA